AGUAGAGGGGCCGUUCUGGGAGAAGCUUCAAUUGGCCCCUCCUCUCCCGGGCUGCCGCAGUGAAAUUGGGCGCGUUUGCGCAGUGACUGUCCUUUUUUUUUGUUGGAAGUACUGGUAGACACCCAGCAACAUGGCAGAUGAUAUAGAUUUCACCAGUGGAGAUGCUGGGGCUUCCUCUACUUUCCCCAUGCAGUGCUCUGCUCUGCGCAAGAAUGGGUUUGUGGUUCUGAAAGGACGUCCCUGUAAGAUUGUUGAAAUGUCAACUUCCAAGACUGGCAAACACGGUCAUGCCAAGGUCCACCUGGUUGGUAUUGAUAUCUUUACUGGUAAGAAGUAUGAAGAUAUUUGUCCUUCUACCCACAACAUGGAUGUUCCAAAUAUUAAAAGAUGUGAUUACCAACUGAUUGGUAUUAAUGAUAAUUACCUGUCCCUUCUGAGUGAUAGUGGUGAUGUUCGUGAGGAUCUGAAGAUGCCAGAGGGAGAUUUGGGAAGGGAAAUACUGAUGAAACAUGAUGGAGGAGAGGAGAUCUUGGUCACAGUCUUGACUGCAAUGAAUGAAGAAUGUGCUGUAGCCCUCAAGGCAAUGACUAAAUAAACAGGGAUCCCCCAGGCUGGAGCAAUCUGCUCAGGUCAAGAUAACCACAGAUCUUAAAUUUGGUUCUGAUUGUCACCAAAGCUAUGGCCUUCACAAAUGACCUCAUUUCCUUUUGACUUGUUUUGCAAUUACUGCUGGUUUCUAAAUUUGGUUGUUCAAGUCAACUGGCAACCUUCAAUUUCACUGCAGUUUUAAAUUUUGUUAAUGCUUUGGUUGUUACCUUUCAUAUUUCUAUUGGUGCUUAUUUUGAGGGUCCAACUAAACAUAUAAAGCAUCUAAACUGUAUGCAUCAUGAUUAAACAGAUGUCCUUUAAUUAGGCCUUUGGUUUAAUCUGUAAAUAGCACCUAGAAUUCAAAGGUAGUUCAACUGGGCUGUCCUAUUAAAAACAAAAACACCUUGGUAUACCUUUACUUAUAUGUAAAGAAAAUAAGAAGACCUAGAAUUAUUGGAUAUUAACUUAAGGAGCAAGUUUAAAUCUUAUGCAUGUUUGGCUAUGGUUCAAAUCUCAGUGUGGAAGAUCUUUGGACUACUGAGUGAAUUUUUUUUUUUUUUUUUUCUUUUAAAAUGCCAGUUGAUUUGCCACUUUCCCAGCCCCUCCAUAUUAAAAGAAAAAGUUAGUCCUGGUGGCCAUGUGCAACUAAUUUGUAUUACCUCUGUACUCUCCUAUGCCAAUGCAUUGGCUUGCAUAUUGUAAACUUAUAAAAUGGUGUCAAAGCCUGCCUACAGUCUAGACAGGCAAUCUGUAUGUUGGGUGAUACUACACAGCAGGCAUUUGUGGCACAAAUGAGUGUUACUGCUACAGAUUUUCACUCGAGGCCUUUGUCAUCAGACUAAAAAAAUAAUAAAAAUAGAAAAAUGCAGUUCAGUUGCUUCUUUUCUUUUAUCGUAUUUCUCUUGAAAUAUUAGAACCAAAUAAAGACCUUUCGAGGGAUUUGUUUGAAAUGCUUCCAGUACUUAACUUUGCAGCAAAGUGCAUAACUCUGAAAAUGAUUUUAAUGACACUAUAUGGCAGAAGUACUUUUUGCUGAACUUUAUUAGACAUUUUGGAAAACUGAAAUGUGUGUUUAAUAUCUCUAAAUAUGGACUUCCUGGCUUGCUGCAAAAUUUCUCUCCUCGUUGCUUGAGCUGGUAAUAUCAAGAUUGGUUUCAAGGACUGUAAACUUUCGUAGCUAACAUCAAUUCUGCUGUUCUGUAAAUUCACUUUAGAAUGUGCAGUGUAAGGUGUUCUGAAGUAGUUGUCCUACCCAUCCUUAUUCUAAAGGAACCAGAUAACUGCUUGUGUGUGUCUUAUUAAAAAUGCUGGUUAUUAAAUCCCUCUUAGUAUAGAACACCUCAACUGAGAAACAGUGGCUUCUGACUACACUAAGUGGAAAUUAAUUUGCUACGGUCAUUGUAAAGAAAAAAAAGCUUGUCCCCACAAUAUGCAGAAUUGAAGGGUUGAAGCCUUUGUCCCAAUAGUCUGCCAUGUUGAAAUACCACCCCACAAAUUAAUCUUAGAUUUCAUGAGAUGUUUGGUUUAUCAAAAGGAUUGUGGAACAUAACUACAUUCCUUGUUUGAUCUUGCACCAUUAAGAUUGGAGGAACUCCUACAGUCUUUCUUAUAUAUAUAUAUAUAGAAAUUAGCAUGUGUUCGUAUUAGUGCUUCCUAAAUAGAUCCUUGGCAUCUAGCAGUCAGUCCUUGGCAGUAGCAGUCCUUAGAAAUUCUCCUAACAUUGUCAUCUUUGUCUCAAGGUGAUAGGUUCUAUUGUCCAACAGCAAAACAUUGGGGGCCCUUUGGUCUGUCUAGGGGGACUGCAUAAGGCAUGUGUUUGGUUCAAGUAUCAAGCAAUAAGUAAUUCUAAUUAAUCUAUUGUCAGACAUUAUUCCCCACAUCACCUGCUUUUAGUGUGUGCUGUAAAUGUUCAUGGCAAACACCCCCCACUUAGUUACAGAUGGUGGAAUAGUGUCUUGAAUAGAGAGGUGCAGAAGUACUUGAUGGCUUCCAUUUGUGGCUUUUUACCUAAAAAUGCCAAAAUGGCCCUGGGUUUGAGCAUUGUGGGUUUUUUUUUUUUUUUGGUAGGUGAUGCAUAUUUUUGACUACAAUAAGUCUUUAAUUCUAGCACUUAUUUAACUUUUCUUCUGAGCAUGCUCUUAAAAAGACCACUGCAAAUAACCAGUGUAAAAGUAAACUAAGCAAGCUUAGGUUGACCUAUAAAGAGUUGGGUCCGUGUUUCAUUUUGAAACCUACUAGCACUACACAAAUUACUUGGCUAGGAAGUGUUAAUACUUAAGUAUCCAGUUUUAAAAGCUUCAAGGGAUUAAUAGUCAUAAAACCUAUUAUGUUAGGUUUGUGUAUUGUAUUCUGCCAUCUCAAGUUGUACAGAACAAGAAUUUGAAACCAUGUAUAUUUUGCAUUUCACUGUUAAGUUAAACUGAUCCGUUAAUCAAAAUGUAAAGUUUAAAGAUUGUUACUAGGCUAUAAAAUUGUGGAUUGAACAAAGUUAAGAUAUCAAUAAAGCAUAGGUGAUUUCA